AUGGCGAACCUAAGCCGAAGGGAUGGCAACAGUUGGGCAGUUUACCUUCUAGAGGCUGACAAUGCUCUCUCACUGGAGGAUGCAGCCAAGGAGGAAGUCCGCCAGCCUGCCAAGAUGAAAUGCCUUGAAGGCCCACACUUAAACCAAAGGCCAGGCAAGACCUGCCACCCCUUGGCUCCCAAGGAGGAGCUGGUAUCUUCCUCCCAGUUGGAGGAAGAGGAAGAGAAUGAAGAGGAGGAUCUGGAUCCAGACCCAGAGGAGGAAGAGGAAGAGAAUGAUCUUGGGGAUCCAGUUGUAUUCAGCACUGUCCAUAACACCCAGAGAGGUCUGCUCGGCUCCCCUGGAGUCAAGGACCGUGGUAUGCUGGGGGUGUCAUCUGCCUCCUUGCAUUUUCUGUGGCAGAUGAACUCUUAAUUCCUCUCGCAGACCCUGGACUACCGGUCGCCAAUCUCUUUCUGGCCUAUGUUUCCCAGUGCCAGCUCUCCAGUACGGCACUUUGGACCUCGACUGCCCUCAUCAGACCCAUCAAUCUUUUGUAGCCUGCCAACCUCGUGGCCCCCUAGGUUCAGUCACCUGACCCAGCUCCACCCUGAGCACCAACGGAUCCUGCAGCAACAGCAGCUCAGUCGAACACAAAGCCCCCCAGCCAAGAAGCCUUGGUCUCAGCAGCCAGACCCCUAUGCUAACCUCAUGACCAAAAAAGAGAAGGACUGGGUGAUAAAAGUGCAGAUGGUUCAGCUGCAGAGUGAGAACCCUCACCUGGAUGACUACUACUACCAGGAAUAUUAUAAGAAGCUAGAGAAGAAGCAGGCAGAUGAAGAGCUACUUGGACGAAAGAACAAGGUUGAGUUCCUCAAGCUGGUAACACCUUACAUUCAGAAGGCAGAGGCUUAUGAGUCAGUGGUUCGAAUUGAGGGUUCCCUGGGCCAGGUAGCUGUAUCGACAUGUUUUACCCCUCGUCGAGCUAUUGAUGCCGUACCUCAUGGAACUCAAAAGCAGGAUACAGGAACUGCAAGUAGCCAGAGGCUUCGAGUGUUAUAUUGGAUUGAGAAGAUGUUCCUUCAGUUACUGGAGAUAGAGGAGAGCCAGAAGGAUGGGCCUCCACAGCCCUGCUUCUCCAAGCCGCAGAGCAAGCAGGUUGAGCAGCUUUUCCAGGCCUUAAAGACCCAGGAGCAGAACAACCUGGAGGAGGCAGCAGAUGGCUUCCUGCAGGUACUCUCUGUGAGGAAGGGGAAGGCCCUGGUGGCCCGGCUGCUCCCCUUCCUGCCCCAGGAUCAGGCUGUUAGCCUCCUUCUGGCCAUCAUGCACCACCUGCCCCUCCUGGUCCGAAAGGACAUGGCUGACCAGGCCCUACACAUGUUGUUCAAGCCUCUGGGCAAAUGCAUCAGUCACUUGACCUUCCAUGAACUCCUCCAAGGACUCCAGGGUCUACUGCUGCUACCACCUGGCUCCUCAGAGCGGCCAGUUGCUGUUGUGCUUCAAAAUCAGUUUGGAAUAUCUUUGCUCUAUGCCCUGCUGAGUCAUGGGGAGCAGCUGAUAUCCCUGGAUUCCUCCCUAGAGGAACCAAACAGGGACCAUAUAGCUUGGACAAAUACGGUGGUUUUGAUUGCCCGGGAGAUAGCCCAAAUGCCUAUAGCCUCUCUGGCAGAACCCCUAAACAUCCCCAGCAACUUACUUCCCUUGUUCUGUCACCACGUGGACAAACAAUUGGUUCAGCAGCUAGAGGCCAAGAUGCAGCUUGCCUGGAUCUGUUGAUCUGUUUGUUCUGGAAUAUGUAUAUGUGUUUGGAUGUUUU